CGGGCGCCGGGAGGGACGGGACCGGGCAGGGCAGGGAGCGCGGCAGCGGUGAGCAGGAUGGGUCCUCGCCGCCGGCGUUGCUGAGACUCGCUCGCGUGGGCCGCCAGCGGCGGGCCCGCAGUGGCCGCGGGGCAUGAAGGGCGCUCUGGGGAGUCCCGUGGCCGCGGCCGCCGCAGGCGCCGCGAUGCAGGAGAGUUUCGGCUGCGUCGUGGCCAACCGCUUCCACCAGCUGCUGGACGACGAGUCUGACCCGUUCGACAUCCUGCGCGAGGCCGAGCACCGGCGCCAGCAGCAGCUGCAGCGCAAGAGGCGCGACGAGGCGGCGGCGGCCGGAGCCGGCAACCGCGGCGGCAGGAGUCCGGCCGUGGCCUCGGGCCACAGACCUGGCGCGGGCGGCGCCCGGAGGGAGUCCCAGAAGGAGCGCAAGAGCCUGCCGGCCCCCGGCGUGCAGCAGCCGGACAGCCCCGGGGGCGGCCCGCUGCUACCCGGCCAGAAGCGAGCUCCCAGAAGAGGGGAGCAACAGGGAUGGAAUGACAGCCGGGGGACAGAGGUGACACUUGACAGAGCAGAGAGGAGAUCCUACAGGGAGUAUCGACCCUAUGAGACCGAGAGACAGGCGGACUUUACACCUGAGAAGUUCACAGAUGAAAAACCCAUUGACAGGUUUGAUCGAGACAGACCACUGAGAGGCCGUGGAGGCCCAAGAGGGGCCAUGCGGAGCCGUGGCAGAGGCGGCCCUGGGAACAGAGCUUUCGACGGUUUUGACCAGAGAGGGAAACGAGACUUUGAAAGAGCAAUCAGAACUGAAGACAACAUGGGUGGAUGUGGAGUUCGAACCUGGGGAUCAGGUAAAGAUACCAGUGACGUGGAGCUGGCCGCACCAAUGGAAGAGACCGCAGCAGUGGAAGAGACCCCGGGGCCCCUGGAGGAGGAGUCUCCAGCCAAAAACCGGCCUGCACCUGCAUGCCUCCGAGCCUCCUUCCCCCCUGGUAAGAUAGAGGCGCCAUCUCUCCUGCCACUUGGUCAGGCUUUGGAUCCUGUUCCUGUGCAGAAACCUGACACUAUCAGCUCCGUCCUUCCGAGGGUUCCUGAGUUGGAGUUAGAAGAGGAAACUCAAGUUCAAGAGAUGACCCUCGAUGAGUGGAAAAAUCUUCAAGAACAGACCAGACCAAAGCCUGAGUUUAACAUCCGGAAACCUGAGUCCACUGUCCCUUCCAAAGCAGUGGUGAUACACAAGUCGAAGUAUAGAGAUGAUAUGGUAAAGGAUGACUAUGAAGAUGAUGCCCACGUUUUCCGGAAAGCAGCCAAUGACAUCACAUCCCAGCUGGAGAUUAAUUUCGGCAACCUCCCUCGUCCUGGGCGUGGAGCCAGAGGUGGUGCACGGGGAGGCCGGGGAAGGAUCAGAAGGGCAGAGAACUACAGACCCAGAGCAGAAGUGGUGACACAAGACGUUGCUCCGAACCCGGACGACCCCGAGGACUUCCCCGCCCUGGCUUGAAGAGCCCUCCCCCGAGCAGCGAGCAGCGUCAAACGGCACCGGCGCACCUGUGAAGGGGCUUUCUUGCCAUGGGGAAGAGAGUCAGACUCCAAGAACAAUAGAUGUUGCUUUUUCCCGUGUA